UAGAAAUAUGUUUUUCCAAACACUCAUCUCUGAUUUGCUAUUUAUCGAAUAGCUCGUUAGGUUGCCUAUACUGAAAUAAAUAACAUUUUCAAUUUAAAAUAUACGAGUGUGGAUAAUUCAAUUUAUUUUGAUAAAACUGUUAACCAUCAGCAAAUUUUAUGUUGAAAAUGCUGCAAACCAAUUGCAAAAACAACAUGCUAGACUCACAAGUGAAUAUAGUAAAGCGUUUGGAAAAGUUAAGCAAAUGGCAGGAAGAACAGAAACGUCUGUUGGACGACCGCCAGAAUAUGCAGCGAAAAAUGCUGGGUUUAGAGCACCAGGAUAUAUAUGAAAAAAUGGGAUUCUUAAAUGGAAAUGACAUAAUUCAAAAUAUAGACAAAGGCGGUGGUGACACAUCAGGGGAUCAGUUGAAAAAAUUCGAAAUUCAAGAUGAUUUUGGUUCUGACAGUGAAAUCAAAGAAAUAGAAAGCAGAUUAUUUCAAACUAGAAAUAAAAUUCAAGGAGAACUCACAAAUCAAAGAAAUUUCAACAGUAUUGACUACAAUAAUGAACAAUUUCAAGUUAAAGAUAUAAAACCCAAGAGACCAUAUCUUAAACGAGGCGAGGGCAUAAAAGCAAGAUAUAAAAUCUCACCUGAAUCAUUGCGACUAAAUAACUUACCCCGAUAUAAGUAUGCCGAUGCACAUUCCAAAAUUAAAAAUAUACAACGACGCAAGUUAGCUCCUAGAGUGAAACCAUCCCAAAAAAAUGCAGUGAUAGAAACUAAUAAAAUUGAUUGUAUUGAUGAAAUAAAACAUGAUGUUAAUGAGAAGCAAUUUCAUAAAAUCUUGGCCAAUGCAAAUCCUCCUAAUAGUUCUACACCGGAUACAAGGGCUUUCAAAGCAGAUUCAUCUUCAAUUUCUAUAACUCUACCCAACGUCCGGCUAGGUGAAACUGAAAUUAAAGAAACAAAAUCCUGUGAAGAUUUUGAAGAAAAUGGAACGGAACAUCAAGUUGAACCAUAUGUCGCAAUUACUUGGUCAAAAGUUCUCAAUCCACAACAUUUGAAACCCUUACCUAUACACGAAAUACGGCAAAAUUUAUCAAACUCUGGGAGAAAUGAUUGUAAUGAUGAUGAAAAUCUCAGUAUCUUUGAACUUCUUGAGCGGCAAGCUGACCAAGGAGCUAUAGAUAUGAACUCCAGUUGUGUAAGAAAAUUCUUAAACAAUAAAAUGAAUAAUGAUAAAAAUGAAGUAAAUGAUAGUAAAAUGCCUAUAAAUAGUCGAUAUGCGGAUUGUCGCUUGCGACCUACUGUCGAAGAAGUGUUAAGAUGCGAUUCUGACGACGAAAAUAGUUUUUCUGAUGCCACUGACGAUAGAGACCAGAGAUGUCAAACACCUGGUAUUUUAACUUACCUAAGUGCGGAAUCUAGAAACGAGUCCACAUUACAUGCCGACAAAAUGAAUUUACAUGUCCGUUUUUCUGAAGAAAAUUCAACUUGUAAAUAUGACAAUGGCGAAGAUAUAAUUUCCAACAAUUCCAUAUUAGAUGAAGAAACGUCCUCAAAUAAAAGUUCAUAUUUAUUUCAUCAAUUCAAGGAUGCUCUCUUUAGCGCACUGCUAGGCAAAGGUGCUGGCGACGACAAAACAACAGAUCAAAACAUGUUGAUGUCCUCGCCACCAUCUGCGUUAACGCAAGAACUACAAGAGAAGAGCAACAUUAUUAAAUUACGUCUGGAAGAGCUUGAAAAGGAAAUAGCUUCCUUCCGGAACAAUAACAUUGAGUUAUUGCGAGCCAAACAGGAAUAUGAAAUGGAAAAAGCACAUUUCAGUCAAGAACGCAAUGAAGCGUUGGAUCGUUUAAAAGACGAUAAGAUUCAAAUGGAAAUGUACCUGCAUGAUGAAAGAAUGAAAAUUGAAGAAGAGAGGCGUAAAUUUGAACACCAAAUGCGAGUGCAAAAACAAGUUAUAACCAACAAAGAACGAAAGGAAAUUGCACGACUCAAAGAUGAAUUAGAAACGCUUCAAAGUCAAUUGAAACAAAAGGAGCAAUUACAUGCAUCUGCGCAGGCGCGUUUGCGUGUGCAAAUAAGAAACAUGGAGCGCGAUCAAAAGCAACUAUAUGAGGAUAUUGAACGAUUAACUAAGGAAAAUAAGCGAUUACAAAAUGAGAAACAGAAACUCGAAAGGGAAGGUAACAAUAAAAUGCUUAUGGAAAUCAAUAGAAACAUUGCAAAAUUAGCGCCAAAAGUUACCAACCCAAACACGUGCAAUGCAAGCUCUGAAUAUUUCGAAUUAAAUAAUCGAUCUGGCGUUAAGAACUCGAAGGCAUUACACUCUUCGUCUACACAAAAAUCAAAUGUAAAAAGUCAUCGUAUAAUGAAAGCUCCACCUAAUACACGAAAUACUAGCAGAACCGAUUUAAAAAACGAUUCAGAAAAUUCAUGUGCUUUGUAUACAUUGGAUAUUGAUGACCGGUGUAACGACUCUGAAGGGGAUCUAGCAGAUGAUGAUGAUGAUGAUAUUAUUUCCGAAUUGAGAGAGACCCAGAAUUGUAGAAAUGUAAAAUCUGUUGAAAGUACAAGUCAUUCCAAUACCUCGAAAGAUACUGUAAUUUACAAAAGCGAUCUGAAAGAAGCGGACAGGCCUAAUGUAAAAGCGCAUAGCGCCGAUAUAGCAACUGCAGCGAAUAGAAAAAGGAUUAGUAAAUCCGCUGUAGAGCCUGAAGAAAAUUAUCGACGUGAAAUUAUUAAUCCAGAUGGUAGUAAAGAUAUUUUAUAUCCCAAUGGCAACUUAAAGAAAAUCUCAUCGGAUGGCAUGAACAUUCGUAUGUUAUACUUCAACAAAGAUAUUAAAGAGACUAAUGUCAAUGAGGGGACUGUUAAAUAUUACUAUGCUGAAACAAAUACUUGGCACACGACGUACCUAGAUGGCUUGGAAAUUCUAGAAUUUCCCAAUGGUCAAACCGAACAUCGUUAUAAGAACGGAGUUAUAGAAAUUCAUUUGCCCGACAAUUCUGUGAAAAUUACUAACCCCGCUGAGAAAGACAAACUGGAAGAAUGGCGUUUUGCCGAUGGUACAAAUUUAAUACAAAUGCGAAACGGUGAUAAAGUUUUGAUGUUACCAAAUGGUCAAAAAGAGAUACAUACCAAACUUAACAAAAGACGUGAAUAUCCGGAUGGCACAGUCAAACUCGUUUAUCCCGACGGAAGUCAGGAGACGCGGUACUCAAAUGGACGCGUUCGGUUAAAAGACAAAGACGGCAACUUAGUAAUGGAUACUGAACGGAUUUAAAUGAAU